AUGAACAUACUCUGUGUCAGUGAGACGAAAUGGCCCAACAGUGAUUGGAUAAAAAGCAAUGACACAUAUGACUUUGUUUUCUCUGGAGGAGACCAUCACGAAAGAAGUGUCGGAAUACUCAUCAAGAAAGACAUCAGAAAAGCUGUCGAUGGAGUAGCAGCAAUAUCAGAUCGCAUUCUUUACCUGCGCAUAGCAUCAUACCCCAUGGCUAUAAGCAUUAUUCAAGUAUACACAUCUACAGAAGCUGCCCCGGAAGAUGUCAUAAACGAAUUCUAUGAACAGCUUGAGAAGACACUCAGACUUGCAAAAAGAGGGGACGUCAAAAUAAUAAUGGGCGACUUCGAUGCUAAAGUUGGAAAAGGCAGAGUAACUGACACAGUAGGCAACUAUGGACUAGGUGAAAGAAACGAAGUUGGUGAUAACUUGUUGAAUUUGCAGAACGCCAUGACCUAUGUAUCACAAACACAUGGUACAAACAACAUCUGCAAAGACUGUACACAUGGAAAAGUCCUCAAGACAGAGAAAACAGAAUAG